AUGGCGCUGCCGCUGGUGCUGGCCGUGGAAGGUAGCAUCACCUUGUUUGCCAUCAUCACCGUCGUCCUCGGAUGCCUUAAGAUCGGGUACUUCGUUGGGUUUUCUGACUGCUUGUCAGCCACCGAGGGAGUGUUCCCCGUCACGCACGCAGUGCACACGCUGGUGCAGGUGUACUUUCUUUGGGGACACGCCAAGGAUGUCAUCCAGUCUUUCAAAACCCUGGAAAGGUUCGGGGUGAUACACUCGGUGUUCACCAACCUGCUUCUGUGGGCCAACAGCGUCCUGAACGAGUCGAAGCACCAGCUGAAUGAGCACAAGGAACGGCUCAUCACCCUGGGCUUCGGCAACAUCACCAUAGUGCUGGAUGACCACACACCGCCGUGCAACUGCUCCCCGCCGGCUCUCUGCUCCGCCAUCUCCCACGGCAUCUACUACCUCUACCCUUUCAACAUCGAGUACCAGAUCCUGGCCUCCACGAUGCUCUACGUCCUGUGGAAGAACAUCGGGCGCAGGGUGGACAGCCGUCAGCACCGUCAGCACCGGAAGAUGCAGUUCCGGUUCCAGGGCGUGGCGGUGGGCUCGGGCCUGGGCCUGGCGGUGCUGGCCGCCACCAUCGGGGUGGUGGCCGUGUACCUGAUCCACAUCGGCCGCUCCAAAACCAAGAGCGAGUCUGCGCUCAUCCUCUUCUACCUGUACGCCAGCGCCCUGCUGACGCUCAUGGGGGCCGCGGGGCUGGCCGGCCUCCGGCUUUACAGGCUCGACGAGCAAUCACUGGACGAGUCCAAAAACCCGGCCCGCAAACUGGACGCGGACCUCCUGGUGGGCACGGCCUCCGGCUCCUGGCUCCUGUCCUGGGGCUCCAUCCUGGCCAUCCUCUGCGCCGAGGCCCGCCCCGCCUACACCUGGUACAACCUGCCCUACUCCGUCCUGGUCAUUGUGGAGAAGUACAUCCAGAACCUGUUCAUCAUCGAGGCCACGCACCGAGUGCCCGGCACGCCCGGCGAGGACAUCAGGGCCCUGCGCGUGGCCGUGGUCUGCAACGGCGGUGACGCACCCCUGGCUUCUUCCUGCCUCAAGAGCGACGCUGUGGCCCGGGACCUGGGCAGCCAGAUGCCACCUGCAGCCAACGGAAGUCUGUGCCUGAGAGAAGUCAGUGGCCCAGGGGAGGCAGCACCNGGCCCGGCCUGCCGCCCCCGCCUCUUGCAGGGCAGCACCCAGAGGAGCGUCCUGAGGAACAUUGCAGCCUUCUUGUUCCUCUGCAACAUCUCGCUGUGGAUCCCGCCUGCCUUCGGCUGCCGGCCCGAGUACGACAAUGGCUUGGAGGAAAUCGUCUUUGGCUUCGAGCCCUGGAUCAUCGUGGUCAACCUGGCCAUGCCCUUCUCCAUUUUCUACCGAAUGCACGCAGCUGCCUCCCUCUUUGAGGUCUAUUGUAAGAUCUAG